UAAUUCUAAAGAUGAAGCUAAUACUGAUUCAGAAUAUGAAGAAUCUUAUAAUGAUAGUAUGAAUGAAGAGUCUAAUAAUUCUAACAAAGAAGAUAAUAAAUCUGAUGAUAGCAAUAUAGUUGAAAAAUCAAACUAUAACAAGUUAACAAAUAAUAAUAGUGAUAAUAAAGAUGAUAAAUUAGAUAACAAAAUUGCAGUUAUAGAUAAUGAUAUAAAGAAUAUCUUAAUUAAAAUUU